GAUUGCAGCGUCGACAAGCUCAACAAUGAUGGUGAACAAUGCAGUGUUUAGUUGGACGGUGGUGGCACAAUUAAUCACCACUGUGGCCACCGCAACUGAACAUACCAACCACACCGUUGGUGGCGACGCCGGCUGGUUCUUUGACUUCGCCACCAACACCUCUGCUACCAGUUACACUUCCUGAGUCACAAAUCAAACAUUCAAUCUUGGACACUAUCUCAGACCAACACAAACCAAAUCGUGAUCCAAACUUUCAACAAGACUACUUUCCAAAGCUGCUCAAUGGACGAUGAAUCCGACGAUGAUACAUUCCAGUACAAUGGAGGCAGCGUAGCAUUCGAUGAAUCGCAGACCAUCGCGAUGCCAUUAACUGAAAAAGGCUCCAACUACUUCUUCUCCGACACAAAUGAUGGCAUCCAGUGCCAAAAUGGCCUAGCAUUUGGGAACUCCGUCAAUCAUGGCCUCGAAUUGCUUCCCAACCUUAACCAGCCGUCUCCUCUGCUCACAUUGAAUCGCCUAGACUCGAUGCCCAAUCGCCGUCGAUUACAAUUGUAGCUGGUUCGCUGUCGCUGCAAAAUGGCGUGUUGAGCCUUGAAUAUACUCAAAUGGUGGUCCAUUGUCGAGAAUUGGAGGAAGAUGCCAUGGAAUCAGCUUCCCCUAACCCAGAUUUGAAGGAUAAAGGAAGACCUAACCCAUGUUUUCAGGAGAAAGGGGAAGGAAGGGGAAAGACACAAAUAAAAUUUGGGAUUUUUU